GUAAUUACAAAUAAUUUUGUAAAAAUUGCACAAGAUUAUGUAAUUUUUUUUUUUUUUUUCAAGCAAAUUUAUUGUCAUACUGACUAACGUAUGAAAUCUCAUUUAAAUUAUAAAUUGAUCUAAAGAAGUUAAUAAUUAUUGACACCAAAUAAAAAAUUUAAUUAAAGUUUCAAGUUGUAGAGCGAAUUCGCCUCAGCGGAAGCUGUGAAUAUCGACCUGACCUGACCUAAUCAAUCAAGUAUUUUCCUUCACACAUAUUCAAUUUAAACAUGCUUUUCUAUUAGAGAAAAUAACUGAUUUCAAAUUAAUAUCGGCUAAAGUGCACGAUUACUAUAGGGUAUUUUUAUUUACGUUCACCUUUUCAUAUUCAUUGAUGUCUGUCUGUUUGAUAAAUUUUUUCCCAGUGUUUUCGUGAACUGCAAGAUACUGUCAUUAUUUUAUUCUCAGUAUUUUUAUCAAAAGUUAUAAAAAUUUGUCAAGUGCUCGUGCAUAAAUGUGUACACCACCACUGAUGUGGUCGUGAUAUUACAUGCACAUUUGAAAAUAAUAAACAUCAAACGACAUAACCUUUCUAACAACAGCAGGUUUUUUACUUAGAAACGAUGAGUAAAGACAGUAGCAAACCAGAUAAAAAAGUAUACACAGAUACUGACCGUUUGAAGUUGGCAGAGAAGCUAGACAAGGAACUUGAUGAAUUUAUAAGCAAUCUUGACAGAAAAACAUACACAGAAGGAUGGCCAGAGGAUCGUUGGCAGGAAGAAAUGGAAAAGCAUCCAUUUUUUAUGACCAAAACGCCAGAAAACCCUUCAGAAAUUUCUCCUCUCGUGGAAGGACUACAACAAUUGAAAUUCAGCGAGGAUUGCAAUACUCCGGACGAGUUGGCCCAAAAUUACAAGGAAGACGGUAACUUUAACUACAAGCACAAAAAAUACAGGCUUGCUGUUUUGAGUUACUCACAAGGAAUCGCUUGCAAAAGUGAAAAUACUGAUUUGGUGGCUCAGCUGUACAACAACAGGUCAUUGGCACAAUUUCAAUUACAAAAUUAUAGAUCAAGUUUGAUUGAUUGUAAGCAUGCCCUGAAAUUGAAACCGCACUACUUGAAGCCAUUAUUGACAGCGGCUAAAUGUAGCUUUCACGUUAAGGACUAUGAUCAAUGCCUCGAUUACUGUGAUGAAAUAUCAAGUAUACCAGAUUUAGGAGAAGAAGUUGAACAAGAUAACAAUAAACUGAGAUUGGAUGCUGUACAGAAAAAGAGAUUGAUGCUGAGGGAUGCAAGAUUACAGGAUCUUAAAGCAAAUAAGAUUGAAAAGCACAAGGAAAUGAUAAUGGAGGCGAUAAAAUUAAGCAAUAUCAAGGUAGGAAAUGUCGACGAAUUCUUCAACGACAGCCAAUAUCACGUAUAUUUGAACAAUGAAGGUGCCCUGGUGUGGCCAGUGAUCUUUCUCUAUCCUGAAUUCAAUCAAACGGACUUUGUGGAAAAUUUCAAUGAAGGUACGUUAAUUAUCGAGCAGUUGGAGGAAAUUUUCGAAGAAACACCUUCAUGGGACUGUGAAAGCCGUUAUGAAGCUGAAACGGUAAAUGUGUAUUUUACGGGCAGUGACAAAAAACCCCAUAAAAUAAAUAAGAAUCAAUCAUUGGCUGAAGUUCUCCAGCAUGAAUUGUUCAUUGUCAACGAAGCCGAAAUCUUUUUAUAUAUUUUACUAGCUAAUAGUAAAGCUGAGGAACAUUUUUUAAAGAUCAAUAGUUAAACUAGCGAUCUGUGUAAACUUAUAACAUACUGUAGGGGUAUGUUGAAAAUGUUAGUCAAAGCAUUACAAAGUUUUUAUUACUUUGACAAUUAUUGUGCUCA